AUGGCAGAAUCUGAUCCAAAAUGCUUGGUUUCAAUCAUAUAUUAUUUUCGGGAGAAAUUCUACAGGCAUGCCAUAAAUACUACAGUGAGCUAUUUGAGAAUACACACAAAUGAUCCGGUGCUUCUGUUUUUCAAAGCAAUAGGAAUAUUAAUGGAAGGUCGCAUCCAAGAGGCCAUCCAAGAGCUCCAACAAAUCAAAGACAGAUCCCCUGUUUCCUUAUGUUCUAUCAUGGCUCUAAUCCAUGCACACAGGCAAAGUGACACCAUUGACCAAAACACCAUGGCAGAGUUGGAAUCUUGUGCUAAAGUGUCCCGGAAGACAGCAUUAAAGCAAACACUGUACUACAAUGGCUUGUUCCUUUGGUUACUGGGAUGCAAUGAAAAGGCAAAAGACUACAUCACCAGGAUGCUGAAAUUAUCUAAGUGCUCUGGACAGGGGCUUAUUCUACUGGGCUGGAUUCUUUUGAGCUCUGAGGAUGAAGCUCAGAAAGCACAAGCUAUAGAUUACCUGGAGACAGGAAUUGGAGACUCCUUAAAUGUGUUUGGAUUGAUUGGAAAGAUUGAGUUCUUCAUGGUAAAUCAGAAAAAAAGCUUCGCUAUGUACUGUGUGAAUCAGAUCAUAGCCUCCCAUCCAGACUUCAUUCCAGCAUUUGAAAUCAAGAUGAACAUUUGUUUGUCUCUCUGUGACUGGGAGCAGACCAUGGAAAUGGCUGAAAGGAUUCUAGAGAAGGAUAGACACAAUCUGAAAGCUCUCCAAAUGAUGACUAUUCUUGCUGUAGCAAAGGAUGGAAAUCCCAGGAGGGCAAAGGAAUAUCUUGAAGCACUUCUCAAUGCAGUUAAAGUCUCUGAACCCAAUGCACCAGUUCUCCACGUCAACAUCACAAAGCCCAUCAGCAGAUUGUGUGGAAGGGAUCAAGACAUCCUUCAGAUCUUGACAUCGUUUGUGCAGCUAACUCACUCACAAGCACCACGGGACAUUGACAUUGCCUCUGAACUUGGCUAUCUUAUGGUUCUCCAGCGCAAGUACAGAGAUGCCUCCAAAUGGUACUCUGUGGCUCUCAGGGCAGAUACCAGCUGUGUGUCAGCCUUUGAAGGUACAAUCCGAUGUCAUUUGAUGAAUGGAGAGAUAGAGGAGGCAGAGCAGCAGCUGGAGUUCCUGUGUGAAAUACAGAAAUCCACAGGUCCUUCAGUGGAGGUAACUCUGCUGCAGGCUAUCUUAGCGUGUAGAAAAGGGGCUGCCCAGAAGACUGUGGUCAGCCUAUUGGUGGAUGCCACUAAUUUGCAUCUGAAAGGCGUGAAGGAACUCUCUUAUGCAGUGGAGUCUUUGCAGAAGUUCAAUGUCAAUCUUCUCCUUGAAUUAGUUAACAUGUUCCUCUAUUACUGUCAGGAUCAGCCCCUCAUCCCUGGUCAGCCAUUCUGUUCUGAACUAAUAAAUGCAAACAGGAUUGUAAGGGUGCUUGUUCAGGCCACCCCGGGCAUGCUAAUGAGCUGCUACCUCAUGGCACGUGUCAAGUUUCUUAUGGGCGCACCAGCUGCAGCACAGGAUUUACUGGACCUCUGUAUGGAGAAGGACCCAACUGUGCCUGAUGUAAUCUUGUUACAAGCCAAAAUGCAUCUUCACGCAGGGGAGAACAGCAAGUGUCUGGACUGCCUGGAGUAUGGCGUCAGCCACAACUUAGCCUGGAUCAGGGAACCUCGGUACAUCCUUGUCAAAGCCAAAGCCCAGCUGAAGAGCGGUGAGCUGUCAGAGGCCAUCAAGUCUCUGAAAAUGGUCAUGAACAUGCCGGGGGUCAGGAAUCCAACUAAAGGGCAGGAGUCCUCCAUUUCCAACAGCGAAAGAGCCACUGCAUUCCUGGAUCUAGCUGAAGCACUUACACUAAAUGGAGAACAGCAUGAAGCCACAAAAGUUAUACAAGAUGCCAUAUUGAGCUUCAAAGACACCCCUGAGGAAGUCAGAGUCCUGUUGGCUAAUGUAGACUUGUCCCUUGCCAAAGGUGAUAUCAAUGCUGCUCUAAUGGUACUUCAACAUGUUACUCCAAACUGGCCAAACUACCUUCAAGCUAAAGAGAAAAUGGCUCAUAUUUACCUGGAGAAAAGAGGAAACAAAAGUCUGUACAUAGCUUGUUACAGGGAAAUUCACAAGCAAAUUCCUGGGCCUCAUUCCUGCAUGUUACUUGGCGAUGCCUUUAUGAAGAUACAGGAGUAUGAAAAAGCCAUUGAGACAUAUAAAGAAGGCAUGAAUUGUGCACCCAAGGAUCCAACAUUUCCUCAAAAAAUAGGACACGCUCACCUGAAGACCCAUCAGUAUCAUCAGGCUGUUGGUUGUUACUUGACUGCUCUGCAAGACAACAAACCAGACUCUCUGUGUGUGAAGCUGGUAGAACUUCUCAUUAAAAUGCAGCACUUUGAAAGAGCUGGGAGGAUACUGCACACAGCAUUAAACCAUCGAGACUCCACAGAUUUGAACACCAUGAUGAAUGACGUCAAAUAUUUAAGAUUGCUCGUGAAAGUUCUGCAGGCUACUGAUCAGCCAUUCAAAGGGGUCAUGGAGGAGGUCUACACUCUCCAAACUAAGAUCCUAAAUCACCUGCCAUUGGAGCAGCCGCACAUCGCCACACAGCAAAAUAUGGUGGCAUCUGACAUUUGUUGUGAAUUAGGUCAGCUGGAUCACCUUGAAAAUAACUUAGAAAUGGCCAAACAGUGGUACUCUAAGGCCUUGACCCACAGCCCAGACAACAAUGAGAUCAUCCUCAAGAUUGCUCAUUUGUUCUAUGAUCAGCACAAGUUAGAUCACUGUGAGGACCAGUGUUUGAAGAUACUCCAGACAAAUGAGAAGCACACUGCUGCAUCUAUGCUGUUAGCAGAUGUGUGGUUUCGGAAAAAUCAGCCAAACGAAGCCAUUCGGAUGUACUCAGACUUGAUGAAGCAGUUCCCAGACAACUUUCAUUCUCUGCUGAAGUUUCUCAACCUGUUGCGAAGGGUAGGAAGAAUAGAUGACAUUCUGCCUUACUUUGAGGCCUGUGAGCUCCGCUCCCCCAGGGCGACCACAGAGCCUGGUUACAACUUCUGUAAGGGUCUCUACCUCUGGCAUGUUUACCGAGUAAAUGAGGCCUUGGUGUAUCUGAACAAAGCAAGGAGAGACACAGAGUGGGGCAACAAGGCACUAGAGCUGAUGAUCCAAAUCUGUCUCAAUCCAGAUAAGGACACAGUUGGAGGAGAUCUUUUUGAGGACAGUGAGAAGGAAACAACCAGCAAUGAUUAUAAUGACCAAAUGGGCAUGAGCACAGCGUUGUGUCUUCUCAAAGAGUUCCGAACACACUCCAGUGCUGACAAGGACAAAGCCACACUCCUUUACUGCUUGUGUCUGAUCCACAGCAGGGAACCCAUGCAAGUGGAGGGGACAUUACCCAUACUUACUCAGAUGGUAUCUAGCAGGACAGAGAAAUGUACACCACUGUUGGCCAUGGCUCAAGCACUCAUGGUCUUGAAGCACCGUCCUAAGGCCAGAAACCAGCUAAAGAGGCUCACCAAGAAGGAGUGGACUGAGGACACUGCCGAACCCCUCGAAGAGGCUUGGCUGCUUUUGGCCGACAUCUUCAUUAAGUCAGGGAAAUAUGACAUUGCAAGCAAGCACCUGGACCACUGCAUUCAUCAUAACAAGUCUUGCAGUAAGGCCUAUGAGUACAAGGGUUUUAUGAUGGAAAAUGAGUGUUCUUACAAGGAUGCAGCUGAGCAGUAUGAAUUAGCUUGGACCUACAGCAGCAGAAUAAACCCAACAAUUGGUUAUCGACUUGCCUUCAACUAUCUGAAGAGUAAGAACUAUACCAAGGCGAUAGACAUUUGUCAUCAGGUUCUGCGGGAGCACCCUGAUUACCCACAGAUCCGGAGUGACAUUCUGACCCAUGCCCAACAGUCUCUCAGACCCUGA